AUGGCUCCUUGGUCUGUGCUGUGGGUUCAAUUCAUCUUGACCAUCUCAGUUACCAGGCCCUGCAACCUGCUGAAAACCAUCUCUUCUCCUUCUCAAUCGUUGGCCCGCGAAUGUCGAAUCGAAUAUUUAAUCUCAGAGCAAAAGUUUAAUUCGCUUCCAGAGGAAGAGAAAGUAUAUUGGCACAGCCAUAAAUACGAAGUCGAGAGUGGAGUCUUGAUGCAGAUGCAUGUCGCUGGACGAGAAGGGACUGUGCCCGAGGAAGAAGAGAGAGGAAUGAUGAUGGCAGUUCAUCAAACGUUUGGAAAAGUCAUCCAUACUUGGAAUGUAGAUCGUCAUCCUGAUCUACCCUUAGGUCCUCCAAGCUUGAUGAUGUCCUACACAAAGCCUGAAAUGGUCAAUUGGGAACAGGUCAAAAAAAGAGACGAAGAACAGGGAGUGGACACGGCCGACCGCAGUAAAAUUCGCGCUGGUUACCUUCCACUUGAUUAUGCCAAGAAUCAAAACGCAGAUAAAUGGAUGGAAACUGGUAAACAAGUCCAAUUCGAAUCAAUCGAAAGACCAUUGAAAGGGGGUUUGGACAAGUAG